AUGGAUGAGCUGACUGGUGCUAUUAUUGUGUCUUAUAUGAUGGUAUUGUUUAACAAAAUGAAGUGUGGCUCCCCAGAAAGAGACCAUGGAAUUUGCUUUGUGAACCCGACAUUAAUUUUGCCAAGUACGCGUAAAGGGAAAUCUAAGAAUAUUGAUGAUGCAAGCAGAGGUUUAGCAGAUCGGUUGUCUAAAAGAAAGGGCAAUGACAUCAUCUUUAUGCCCUACAAUCCCGGAAGACAUUGGGUAUUGGGUGUACUAGACAUGAAAUCGGAUAAUUGCUACUAUCUUGAUUCCUUGAGUUCUAGCAAUUUCAAUAUGCAGUUGAAGCAAAUUGUUGAUUCGGCAAUGGUUAUGUACGCUACACAAAGUGGAUCUAACAAAAGGGUUAAACUAAAUUGGGUUAAUGUUACGUGUCCAGUUCAGCCCGGGGCUACCGAAUGUGGCUACUACAUGCUAAGGUUCAUGAAGGAGAUAGUGGAAGAAGGAAUUGAAGUGUUGGUCAAAGACAAUAUCGGGGAUGGCAAAGUUGAGUACACAACUGAUGAUAUCGAUGAGAUACGUGAAGAAUGGUCAGAGUUUGUUACAAGCUUCAUUUAUCGAUGA